AUGGACUUCUCGCUACGACAAGUCAGACCCCUCGUUACCCAGGGGUCUUACUUCGAUUACACGCCUCAGCACAGUUCAUCAAACAGCUCACCUGACAGUAUCAACAACCCAUUGCAGCGAGGGAACACCACUGCCUCCUCAGAUAUCGAUCCCACCAGCCAAACAUGGGAGUCCGUAGACUUUGAACUCUUCGAUUUUGACAGCUACGACCUUGCAAACAAUCAAGACCAGCAGAUCACGUCCCCUAAUGCCAAAGAACCAAACACUCCCAAAUCCAAAGCGCGUCGACGAGCACAAAACCGAGCAUCACAGCGAGCAUUCCGGGAACGCAAAGAACGCCACGUCAAAGGUCUGGAGUACCAGCUCGAGACUCUCAAUGAAAAGCACCAAGACCUGUUGGCGUCGUAUUCCAAGCAAGCGAGCAACAUCACCAAAUUGAACGGACGUAUCGCCCAGCUCCAGGCUCGGAUCCGCGCGACUGAAGUUGCCAACGAGCAGGCUUCACAGGCCAGCAAUACGCAAGUACCGGAUAGUUUCGAUGCGUUUGCUUUCACUGGAGAUGCUGCUGGACCGAUGCUAUAUGCUGGGGAGGACCUAAAUUUCGAUGACGGUGCCCCGGAUGCCACAACGAAGUCAACUACUCCGGAGGACGAUACCAGUUUGCCGCUGUUUGAAGACCUGCUUUUGCCUAUCUCAUGA